GUGCAGCUGUGCUGCUGGAAGGGGUGCAGCCAGGCUACAGCCCUCCUAGACCUGUUUAAGAGCUGGCUACCAGUGGGGAAGGAUCUCGUCUGGAGAUCUGCUCUGCUGGAGUUUUGUAAGUGAGCCCAGGAUAGGGGUAAGCCUUCUAUUUAUUCUCCUUUUGUUAGCUUAGUCUGCUUUGUCAAACUCUCUUGUUUAUUUCAUAAUGACAACAUCUUAAUAGUCAUUGAUUAUACACGUGCACUAAGUACUUUUUCUUCUUGUUUUAGACUACUCCAACGUACUUGGCCAAGCUGCUUUUGCAGAUGCCUCAAAACAAACCCACAGAGUUCAUGGAUUCAGCCAUCUUCACGCUGCAUAACUACGCAUCCAGUCAGAGAGAGGAAUCUCUGCUGUUGCGGCUGUUGCAAACAGCAUUGCAGGAAGAGAUCAAGUACGUUAUGCGCUCUUUCAACCGUGGUGCCCGUGGUCAGAACGCACUGAGGCAGAUCUUGGCCCCAGUUGUGAAGGAAAUAAUUGAGGACGAAUCGCUCAACGUCAGAACGGAUCCAGUGGAUAUUUACAAGUGCUGGGUGAACCAGAUGGGAUCUCAGAAUGGUGAGGCCGGGAAGAAAAGCUUGAUGUCUGUGCCAAGGGAGACGUACACCGCACUUGCGCUGCCUGGACGAUGUGGAAACUGGAAAUUGUGGGGUGUGCUGAAGCAUGCCCUCUCAGCUUUCGCUCGUGGAAGCACAGAGCAAAGUGACAAGAAACAGCUGCGAGUUCAAGGAAUUGUCUACCUUGUUCUGAUCUCCUGCCAGUUCCAGCUUGUCGUGCCUGCUGUGAUGGGCGUCGCGUGCAGCGAGAUCAGCUGUGGGCCUGACAUCGCACGGAUGGAGGCUGAGAACAACGGGAAGCCCCGGCUGGUCCGUGAGGAGUCAUCUCUUAAUAUCCCAGCUAUUGCUGCUGCCCACGUUAUUAAGAGAUACGUUGCCCAGGCACCGGGUGAACUCUCCUUGGAGGUGGGAGACCUCGUGUGCAUCAUCGAGAUGCCGCCUCAGGAGCUGAGCCCCCGCUGGAGAGGCAAGCACGGCUUUCAGGUUGGAUUUUUCCCUGGUGAGUGUGUGGAGCUCAUUAACGGAAAAAUCCCGGAGUCUCUCAUCAAUUCAGUGCCAAAGCCAGUGCCAAAGAAGCGCGGCAAGCUCCUCACCUUCCUUCGUUCCGUGGUGAAGGCCCGCCCAAAGCAACGGAAAGAGCAGGAGGUGGAGAAGGAGAGGGUGUUUGGCCGUGACCUGGGAGAGCAUCUUCUGCACUCUGGUCGUGAUGUCCCCCAGGUCCUCCAGAGCUGCGCCGAGUUCAUCGAGCAGCAUGGCGUGGUGCAGGGGAUAUACCGCCUGUCCGGCGUGGCGUCCAACGUCCAGAGACUGCGCCAGGAAUUUGAGUCUGAGCAGGUUCCUGAGCUAACCGUCCGCGACGUUCACAGCGCGAGCUCCCUCUGCAAAAUGUACUUCAGGGAGCUCCCGACCCCCCUGCUGACCGACCAGCUGUACGACAAGUUCUCGGAUGCUGUUGGUGCCACUACGGAGGAGGAGCGGCUGGUCAGAAUGCGGGACACCAUCCAGCAGCUGCCCGCUCCUCACUACAGGACCCUGGCGUAUCUGAUGAGACACUUGGCCAGUCUGUCUGCAAACAGCUCUGUCACCAACAUGCACGCUAAGAACUUAGCCAUUGUGUGGGCUCCAAACCUCCUAAGAUCACAGCAGAGUGAGUCUGCCUGCGCCAGCGGGAGAGCUGCCUGCACGGAACUGCAGACGCAGUCGGCAGUGGUGGAAUUCAUCAUCGACCACACAGACGUCCUCUUCUGCUCCACGUCUGGACCUGACAUUGCAGAUGGAGCAGGGCGCAGUUCUCUCUCAGGGCCCCAGUCUGUGCAGGCAUCUUCUCCUGACACAGAGCUGCUCAGCCUGGAGGAGGCGCAGGCACGGAGGCGAGGCCACAGCAGCUCUCCUGUCACUGUGACACAGAGCAGGGACAUAGAGGUGGAAGAAGGCCCCAAAGCUGUACGGGGCAAAUUCCACACCAUCAUCGACUUUCCAUCUGAAAGUGCCAAAGCUUGCUGA